GCGCCGCAAUCCACCGGAAGGCGAGGGGAGUGGGCGGGGCGCGCGAAGCGACUUGACACGGAAGUCACGCGGUACGGCGCGUCUGGGUUCUCCGUUUCGGCGUUCGGCUGCUCAGCCUGUCAGGACUCUGGCGCGCUCUGCUGCCAUCGGCUCUUUCGGUGCUCGACUCACCCGCGCUGCUGCCUCCGCUGAAGGAGGAGCAAAGCUCAAGAUGGCCGACAAAACGCCAGGCGGAUCUCAGAAGGCCAGUUCAAAGAGCCGAUCAUCGGAUGUACAUUCAUCAGGAUCUUCAGAUGCACAUAUGGAUGCAUCUGGACCCUCAGAUAGUGAUAUGCCAAGUCGAACACGACCUAAAAGCCCAAGAAAACACAAUUAUAGGAAUGAAAGUACUCGUGAAAGCCUUUGUGAUUCUCCUCAUCAGAAUCUCUCAAGACCUCUUCUAGAAAACAAGCUUAAAGCAUUCAGCAUUGGAAAAAUGAGCACAGCGAAGCGAACUUUAAGUAAGAAGGAGCAAGAGGAACUAAAGAAAAAGGAGGAUGAAAAGGCAGCUGCUGAAAUUUAUGAGGAAUUUCUUGCUGCUUUUGAAGGAAGUGAUGGUAAUAAAGUGAAAACAUUUGUUCGAGGCGGGGUUGUUAAUGCAGCUAAAGAUGAACAUGAAACAGAUGAAAAAAGAGGUAAAAUCUAUAAGCCAUCUUCAAGAUUUGCAGAUCAAAAAAAUCCUCCAAAUCAGUCGUCCAAUGAAAGGCCACCCUCUCUUCUUGUGAUUGAAACGAAAAAACCUCCACUGAAGAAAGGGGAGAAAGAAAAGAAAAAAAGCAAUUUGGAGCUCUUCAAAGAAGAACUAAAACAAAUUCAGGAAGAACGUGACGAGAGACAUAAAACAAAAGGCAGGUUAAGUCGAUUUGAGCCUCCCCAGUCAGAUUCUGAUGGUCAACGACGGUCUAUGGAUGUGCCUUCAAGAAGAAAUCGAUCAUCUGGUGUUCUUGAUGAUUAUGCACCUGGCUCACAUGAUGUAGGAGAUCCGAGUACUACUAAUUUAUACCUUGGAAACAUUAAUCCACAGAUGAAUGAAGAAAUGCUGUGCCAAGAAUUUGGAAGAUUUGGACCAUUAGCUAGUGUAAAAAUUAUGUGGCCUAGAACUGAUGAAGAAAGAGCAAGAGAAAGAAAUUGUGGCUUUGUGGCUUUUAUGAAUAGAAGAGAUGCUGAAAGAGCUCUAAAAAAUUUAAAUGGAAAAAUGAUUAUGUCUUUUGAAAUGAAGUUAGGUUGGGGUAAAGCUGUCCCUAUCCCUCCACAUCCAAUAUACAUUCCGCCUUCUAUGAUGGAGCACACGCUUCCCCCACCUCCAUCCGGACUGCCUUUUAAUGCGCAGCCUAGAGAGCGCUUAAAAAACCCCAAUGCUCCCAUGUUACCACCACCUAAAAACAAGGAGGAUUUCGAGAAGACUCUGUCGCAAGCCAUAGUCAAAGUGGUUAUCCCAACAGAAAGGAAUUUGCUCGCCCUGAUACAUCGAAUGAUAGAAUUUGUUGUGCGUGAAGGGCCAAUGUUUGAAGCUAUGAUUAUGAACAGAGAAAUCAACAAUCCUAUGUUCAGGUUCUUAUUUGAAAAUCAGACACCAGCCCAUGUUUACUACAGGUGGAAGCUUUAUUCAAUUCUGCAGGGUGAUUCUCCAACAAAGUGGCGGACAGAAGAUUUUCGUAUGUUCAAAAAUGGAUCUUUUUGGAGGCCACCACCGUUAAAUCCAUACCUUCAUGGGAUGUCAGAAGAGCAAGAGGCAGAAGCCUUUGUGGAGGAGCCUAGUAAAAAGGGAGCGCUCAAGGAAGAACAGCGGGAUAAAUUAGAAGAAAUCUUGCGAGGAUUAACUCCAAGGAAAAAUGAUAUUGGAGAUGCCAUGGUAUUCUGUCUUAAUAAUGCUGAAGCUGCUGAAGAAAUAGUGGAUUGCAUUACUGAGUCGUUGUCCAUCUUAAAAACACCUCUUCCCAAGAAGAUUGCCAGAUUAUAUUUGGUUUCUGAUGUUUUGUACAACUCUUCAGCCAAAGUUGCCAAUGCCUCAUAUUACAGGAAAUUUUUUGAAACAAAGCUAUGUCAGAUAUUUUCAGACCUCAAUGCUACUUACCGUACAAUUCAAGGCCAUUUACAAUCUGAAAAUUUUAAGCAACGGGUAAUGACCUGCUUCAGAGCCUGGGAAGAUUGGGCAAUCUAUCCAGAACCAUUUUUGAUCAAACUUCAAAAUAUUUUCUUAGGACUUGUAAAUAUCAUUGAAGAAAAGGAAACAGAGGAUGUGCCGGAUGAUCUUGAUGGUGCUCCCAUUGAGGAAGAGCUUGAUGGCGCACCGCUGGAAGAUGUGGAUGGAAUUCCCAUUGAUGCUACUCCCAUUGAUGAUCUUGACGGAGUCCCUAUAAAAAGUCUUGAUGAUGAUCUUGAUGGAGUGCCUUGAAAAGGAGAAAGAAUUAGAAAGAGAACGUGAAAGAGACAAAAAAGAUAAAGAAAAAUUGGAAUCUCGAUCCAAAGACAAGAAGGAGAAAGAUGAAUGUACUCCAACAAGAAAAGAAAGGAAAAGGCGACACAGUACUUCUCCCAGCCCAUCUCGGAGUAGCAGUGGUAGGCGAGUGAAAUCCCCAUCACCAAAAUCAGAACGGUCAGAACGGUCAGAAAGAUCUCAUAAAGAAAGCUCACGGUCCAGGUCAUCUCACAAAGAUUCUCCUAGAGAUGCUAGCAAGAAAGCCAAAAGGUCGCCAUCAGGUUCAAGGACGCCUAAAAGGUCUAGGCGGUCUCGGUCUAGGUCGCCUAAGAAAUCAGGGAAGAAAUCCAGAUCCCAGUCCCGGUCUCCUCACAGGUCUCAUAAAAAGUCAAAGAAAAACAAACACUGACAUAUAUUUUUAAGAUGCCGUCACUUAUUGGAAAUGCAAGUUUGUUUUGUGCCUGAAUGGUCUGUUUGUUUUUUUUUGUUUUGUUUUGUUUUUUAAUAAAAAACAUACACACACACACACACACACACACACACACACACACAUACACAUACACACAUACACACAAAAAAAAAACAAAAUUCUAAUGAAAGAGCAUUCCUGGGUUUUUUGUUUGUUUGUUUGUUUGUGAAUGCAUGUGUAAACUCAUGAGUAACUGCAUCUGUAGACCUGUCAUUGUUUUAUAUUGUAUAAAUUACUUUUGUUGUGGCUGUUUCUCAAGAUGAAAUUUUUAUUGUGCUAAUGAAUUUCAUCAGAAAUGUGUACAAUGGAUCUGCUGGCAGUAGUAGUAUUUUGUUUUAGGAUAUUGUGACUUAGACACAUAAUACAGAUGUCUUCCCCUCUUUUGUAGCUUUGACAAUUUGAAUUAGAUUUCAAAUAAAAUCUGAACAGAAAACAAUAAUGUUGUUUUUUUGCCCAAUUGGUGACACCAAGUCCCUUAAAGACCUACUAAAUGAAUUUGGCACUGUUGCUGUUUCUUAUACCUAGUGCACUUUACAAGCUCCAAUGUUUACUGAGAUGACUGACUACCAAAAGUAAGGGACACCCAUAAAAGGUUUCCAUACCCAGAGAUCAGAAGGCGUAAGUGAGUGGGUAUGAAGUGGUAUUUGUUACUGUAAUGCCCAGUUAAAAGUUCUUUUUCAAAGAAGCAACAUGACUUCAAAGCACUCAAUCCAUCUUCUGAGCAAUUACAUAUUUUUAGGGUAAAUUUAAUUUUUAUCUUCUACCAUGAAACAAGUUUAUUUAUAAAAGAUUUUAUAAAAACGAUUUGCCAUAUAAUUCUUUUGUAUAAUAGUUGCCUUUUUUAUAAUUGUCUGUAGGUUAUCUUUAAAAUAUUGGUAUCAUGAUAUUUGUACAAAUUUGUUUGAAACAGCUUUUCUGUUUUGAAGGAUUUGGUUUGAAGUACAGCUUUAAAUAAAAAUUGAAAAUUAAAUGGUUUUCAGGAAAUUUUAACACCCCAUUGUUUGUAAAUUCAAGGCACAAAAAGUUGACUUAAACCAUUUGCAGAGUUGAAUAUUGUUAUAAACAGGAAAGAACUUGCUGUAGUUUUAGGGAGAAAUAGGAAAACUUGUGAAUGUUGAUCAAAAUACCACAGUGAAUAUAAUGUAAUAAAGGGUUACAUAGUCUCGGACUGA